AUGGUUCUAUCUACCUGUCUCAAAAGCGAAGUAGGUCGUCCCUCUGUCGCUACAAUCCUCUCUUCCUUCUCGCUCACAUCAUCCCCAGUCUCUUCAGACGCUUCCUCCUCCGCAUCACCGGCCGUCGAUGCUGCCGGCAGCGACCUCAACCCCGCUAACCCGUUACCCAUCCUCAUCCGUGCCACCAAUGGCAAGUCCCGAGAAAAUCGCGCGCGCAAGAUCAAACUGUCAACACUGGUCGAGCCCGACGCUCUCGACACCUUCUACGCUCGAUAUGCCGAGCUAUGCAAGAACGGAAUGACGGCGCUUAAGCCGCGAGACCGCAGCAAGAAGAAGGCCAAGGCGAGGAGCAAAAAGAAGGGCGCCGCCGCCACGUCGUGA